GCCUCCACAGGCGCGAGACUGUCUCGGCCUUCCAUUCGUGCAUCCGCGCCGUCAAACGCAUCGACUGCUCUGCCAACGCGCGCACGCGGGCUCGACUGACGCCUGUCAACUCACGCUCGAGCAUCAAACGAGAUCGCAGGGCGCCGCGCAAGACCUGCAGCGCCGCUAGGUCGUACGGAACGAUGUGCGAGGACAAGCAGAGGACUGGGCCGCGUAUGUGGGAAUAUAAAAUCGGUAAGUUCACACCCAUCUCGUUCACAAAACAGACGAUGAGACGCGUGCACUUGCAUUGCGACUGGGCAGGCCGGGUCCGUCCAUCUCUGUGUGGAACGUGGACGACGACCUGUUCUUCGAUAACGAUGCGCCACGUCUCGCGCCCGUCAUCGUCCUGUGACGAUAACGCACCUCCAUGCGGCGGCGGGGUACGCGCUGACAAUCAGACGGUGCUCUCGCAAGCACUUCGAGGCAUCGAGGCCUCGACGCGAUGCAGGGAAGAUCCGAACGUCGCAGGGGACGAUCCGCACGAACACGGGCUUCCAAGCUCGAGACGUGCCGCGAUGGCCCAGAGCAGACGUUCUGCGGCGCGAAUGCGUCAGGUUCGUUGCUUCGCGUGUCAUGUACGAGUCAUGCUUACAGAGGAAGUCCGAGUCAUCGGGGUGAGCAGAGCAUCCUCUCCAAAGCUCUCACGGCAUUAUGCGUUCUCAGUUCACGCAUGCGAUAGAAGCGCACUCCCGUCGAGGUUCGAACGUGCGGUGUUGCGCCUCGUCCCGCGGACAGAUGGCCGUUCUCGACGUGUGGUGGGCGAAGCGGCUCGCGUGUGCGCGGCCCGGGUGCUUUGCAUUUCCUUUGGAUUUCUUAUUGUGUUACACAACUACUGUACAUGGUGAAUACACUGCAUGGCGAUCCGGGAUCUAUCUGGUGUGACGGUCAGAUGCGGGCCUUGGGGUGCUUGUGGAAGGUACGGAUGGCGAUCCGCGAGGGGCGUAGCCCGUCGGUUGACGGGACUGCAUGCAAACGGUGUCGGACGCCCGGCGCAUGAAAUGCGGACUCGGGGGGAGCGUGGAGGCCCUACUGACAGGACCGACCGAUGCGCGGUGG